CCCUGCCGCCGCCCUUUUGCUUUCGCUUUGCCGCCGGCUGCGCCGCCGCUCGGCCAUGGAGAACAGCGCCGUCUACAACGAGACCACCGAGCCGCAGGUCAAGGCGCCCCGACGGCCCCUCGGCUGCACCGCGCGGCGCCUGCGGGGGUGGCGCUUGCCGCUCAAAGCGCUGCAAGCGAUUCUCUCUCUUGUGGCCGUUGUCUGUGAAGAAAUUGUGGAGGUUUGUAUCAAGUGUGAAGGCCUUUACUUCUUUGAAUUCACAAGCUUCAGUGCCUUUCUUUUGAGCCUCCUGAUCCUGGGCGUGUAUUGCACUCAGGUGUAUGAAACACUCGGUGAAGAUAAAGUUCAGAAAGUGAAUUUUUGGGCCGUGCUAGCCAUAGGUGUCUUUUUUCUGUUAGCAUCUAUAGUGCUUGCUGCGACCAUCUCUGGAACUGCUGUUGAAAAAUCUGCAUCUGUGUUCGGAUUUCUUGCAAGUGGUGCAUUUUUAGCUGAAUUUAUUGUAGAAUAUUUUCACAAUCGGAAACAAAACGUCAGUGGACGCCCUGAAAAUCCUGCCAACACUCAGAGUGCCACAGAAAAUCAGCCUUUGAAUAAGCAAAGCUAACUUUCUGGAUUUUUUUUUUUUUUUUUCUGAAUGGAGCAAACUAAAAUGAACUUUUAAUGCACUGUAGGUAACAACUUCUGUCUCUUCAUUCUUACCAAUUUUGUAUGCAUUGCUCAUCACAAUUUUUUAUAGAUCCUUAGGUCAAGUAAUGGCAUCUUGAGCAUCAUAUGCUAAGGUUACUGGUCCUGCUUAAUAACUGGUCCUGCCACCCAUGCAGGUGAAAUACACUAAAAACACUUGUGUCCGAAUACAUUAACUUAAGGACAACAGUGAUUUUGAUUUUGAUAGAGGUGACUAAUAAAGGUUACUGUGUGAUGCAUACAUUUUUAGUGAUACCUUAAAGAUAUUUUCUGUAUAAAUGGACCAGAUAUUUCUGUUACAAGUUAUGAAUUAGUAGAGCAAAUAUCAGUUUUGUACACACUGGUCAAGCUGUGGAUGUAAAAGGGAUACCUAAAUGGACCCUUACAGAAAUGCUUAUCCUUACGUAAGGGGUUUUGUUUUGAUUACUCAUAUGUCUCAGUUCUGUCUGUGGAGAUCAGUUUAAUGGAGUACCGAGUGUGGGGGUUUUAUGGGGACAGUAAUGUAAUGGUAUAUUAAGGAUAUAAUUUUGUACCCCAUGAAUGUCAGCGUUUGGACUUGUAUGCCAGAAUCUUCUUUCCAAUUGUUUUGGAAGCUGUAGAAGUUGCAGGAAGAAAGCUGAAAAGCCAGCUGUGAGGAGAAAAAUAUAAAGAAUAAAUAUUUUCAUGAAGUAACCCAAAAGUGGCAAUCUGAACAUCAAUGGAUUAGAUGUUAGAGCACAUUAGUACUGUCCUGAUGAAUAUUACUUGCAAAGUCGAUACCAUAUGGAGCUUGUUUACGCAUAAAUAAUGUUAAAUUUUGGCAAAACGGUCAUGGACCACACCAUUUUCUUUGUUUAUAAAUAUGCCACUAGCUUGAGACUUCUUGCUGCUGACUAGCUGAGUUGGUAAACAGGUAAAUAAGCACUUGUACCUUUGAUUUGUCUUAAAAGUGACAGGCUGUAAGACUGCAAGAAACAACUGAUGCAACACGUAUCAGACAAGUGAUGGAUGUAUCAGACCAGAUGUUGAUGGCUGUAAAAGAAAUGAAGUAGUGAAAAGGCAUUUUUCAGAUGCCAGAGGUAGAAGCAAGACUGCUAGACCUCACUUAAGAUGAAAGCCUUCAAAAGUAGAGCAAAUUGCUGUAAGCCAGGAGAUGUUCCAAAAUACCAAAGCAAACGAGAAAAAGCUGAUUGUGCAAAAAACAAUUCCUGUCUGAGUGCUCAUGACAUGUGCUAUAUCUUCCAGGCAUUAACUCCAUUUCAUCAAUACCGUAGCCUGACAAUUUAUAGCCCUGUAACCUGUUGUGGCAGCAAUGAGACUAAGCCCUCCAGAAACUGGCUGGGCAGGCUGUAUUUGGAAAAGGAUGAGGAAGCUGUUCUAAGACGAAAGACUGUAAAAGAAGAUCAGAGUUCUUUUUAGUGCUGCCACUUGUUGAUGAAUGUGAGUUUGUGAUGUUCUCUCUCUAAACUCCAAGGCUUAAGCCUGACACUACACUGCUUGGAGGACGUAAAAUUUUGAUGGGUGGUGUGAAGCAUCAAGUUUAAGCUGUAGCUUGGUUUCAGAGCCAUGCAUAAAAGACCUCAUUUCCAUCAUAGAAUUUCCUGCUUUGUUAAGAAGAAAUGCUCUUUGGACUGGCAUUUUUCUGGGUUUUUUUUCCUUUUUUUUUACCCCUGUAUUUAUUAGUGUUCAUUUGCACUAAAACCUGAUCUCAGUCUAAGUGUAGGGAGCUUGCUGUAGCUGUCUCUGAAAACUGGGUAGAUUAGAUACUUUUAUUUACAAGCAAUGUUACCGAUUAUAAGAAACUUGUCAUAUCUCUGCUAUGAUUUGCAAUGUCUUACUUCAGGGAUUGUGUCCAUAUCUAUGAUUAACAUUCUAAGGGAGGGUUGAGAGAUUUUUUUAAUUGCCCAGGAUUCCACUGAAUUUGUUUUCACAUUAAAAUGUCUGUAGUCUCUAAAUCUUGAUCUGUAAUUAAAAGCUGUAAAUAUACUGUAGGAGUAAGAAUGUGCUGCUAAUAUUUAUUAAGCAAUGCAAUACCAUGAUGGGACUUUUAUCUUGAGGUAAUUUUUCUUGUAAUUUUUCUCAGGUUAAGAAUAUGUGAAGAGAGUUCUGGGUUUUGGUUGCUUUUUCUAUAGACUUUUGCCCUCCUGAGUGCUUUGUUAUUGUUGUCCGCUCCUGACUUGGAGAUACUGGUACUGAAAAGGAUAUGUAAAGUAUCUGUAGAGUCAUCUCUCUGCCUUGACCUCUCUUGACCUGUCUAUGAUAGCUACUGCUGAUAACUUCACAGAGAAACUGAAAUACAGAGCAAGUUAUUUUUAUGAAGCAGUGCCACAAGGAGCUGGUGUCAGAAGAAGCGAUUCUGACAAAGAUGUCCUGACUGCUAUUAGGCCUUUUUGAAACAAAUACUGCCAACCUUUGCAGAACGGUUUGAUGGAUCCUCCUACUACAUACCCGCUGGCAUCCCUGGCACGUCUGGGUUUUUUAGAGUGACGGAGUUUUGACAUAUUUUUCAUUUUCAUUUUAGCUGUUCCGAGUAAGUAGUUUAUACCCAUUCUCUCACCAACUGACUCAUCCACGUAUAGAUUUGAGGAUCAGGUUCCAUCUCUGACCGAAAGGGACACAAGCAUUUCCAUUAGCUAAUGAAAAUGACAAACAAUAGUCUUUGGGAAACUGGUUAGUUGUUUCCCUCUGUGUCACAGGAGAUUACUAAUAGGAGAGUCCUGCAAUUCUUUACAACAAUGCGUAUUGCUCCACUCCAGAUACUGUUUAUCUGCCAUUAAUCUGUCACAUAGCAGUUAAAUGCUACAAGCAAGUCACAUAUUGGUUAGAAGUUUAAGGCAAUUGCUAAAUUAUUGCUUUCAAUCCAGUUAUUGGCUAACAAAGCAGUUUCUGCAUGGUGGUAUAUAUUAUAGUAGGCUGCAUAGCAGACUUGUAAGUAUGAGAUGUUCUUUUUGUUCUGUUUUCAGAUGGUCAAGGAGCAGGUUUGCUAGUGCGUAUGCUGUUCUCUGGUUCUGUGAAGUUGUUUCUUUAACUGCUUUAUCAGCUUCCUAAGAUAAAGGGGCAGGUGUGUGUCCCUCCGAAAUCCUCUGCCCUCCCAGGCUAGGUGGGGGAAGAGACUCCCUUGGGGCUGCACGGACUGGUCUCCUGCAGUCCUGAAAUACCCCCUUUGAUGCUUCUAGUUUCAGAUUCAGGCUUUGAAUGUGUCUGUCUUUUAAUUAGACUGAUCCCAGAGGAUGGUGUUGGAGCUGGAUUAAACGUCUGGUUUUGCAGGAGCUCUGAACGUGCGGUUGGAUGUCUCUUACCCCUCCCAUGCCCUGUCAGCAAAGCGGUUUGCUUGUUUCCCAGCCUGCUUCUGAUGAAGUCAGCCUACUUUAUUUAAACUAGCUAUUCAAAUUGCUUACAUUAAGGUGGCUGAUUUUGACUGAAGUGAAUUAGGGAUUGUUCAGGGGAGUGGUGGGAGCUCUGGCAGAAGUGCUGUUACAAUUAACUGUCUUAAAUUUCUUCUUCUGUUUGCAAAGUAACCAUCUCUGUAGCAUCUUAACUGGUAGUAAAACCUAGGGAAGAAAGCAGCUGGCCCCGUACAUUUCUCUGGGGAUUAUCUUCUCCCUUUUUCACUGUGGUGUUUGGCAGUGGCGUUGAGAGCCUGCUCAGACACAUUAAAAGCUUUCCUCUUUUCCAGCUGAGCCCUUAAUACUUAAUGACUCUGCACCCACUUUCAGGUUUGGUUGACAGUGCCUUGAGAAUGAGUGGAAAGGAUUUUCCAGGAUGUAUGAGCAGUUGUUGUUAAGUGGCUGGAUUGUGAGCUUCUGCUCUGAAAAUCUGCAUGGGCUUCAUAAAGGUUGUGAAUGUUACCAGUGCCCUUUGGUUCUAAAUAUGUGAAGGAGUUGUGCCUUAGUGCUUGUACUCUUUGCCUAAAAAUAGCAGGGAAGGGUUGUGGUCUGUCACAAUUAAUUUUCACCUUUGCACCCUCCAACACAGUUCUCAGAGCUCUGCACGAGAUAUUUCUGCAUAAUGGCUAUUGUGGUGAUCCUUUUUUCAAACAGCUGCAAUAAAAAUACCAACCUUUCUACACUGACGGGAAAUAGUUUGUGAAGUUUUUGAAAGGUUACAUAAGAUUGUAAUGAAUCAAGAUGCUGGAGUGCCUUUAAGAUCAAAAUUUAUCUUUGUUUUAGUCUAUUGCUGUAAACAUAAGCAGCUCUUUAGAUAUUAAAUUUUCUGCUGUUCAGAACUAUCUCACUUUUAGUACCUUUGAGAAUUUAAGUGACUUUUAAUGAUUAUUAAAUCGAGAUGAUAAUACAGUAGUUUUAUAUAUAUAAAAUAAAAAUUUUAUACAGUUUUAUUGCCAGUGUUGCCUUGAGUUUCCAUUUAAAUAAUUUUGAAAUGCUUAAAUAUUUUUUCCAUUCUAAACCUGUGGUCUUUUUUUUAAUGUAUUACCCUUUUUUUAGU